AUGGAGAAAUUCAUCGAAGAGUUCUUGCCAAAGAUCAGAGAAAACAAUCCCCGCGUUCAGUACCUUUUACACCGGACCUACACCGAUUGUGAUCCGUUCGUCGUUGGAGAAUACACCUGGAUGAGGCAUCGAAAGAAACGAGUCACCUGGCGAAACGAGUUCCAAAUUCUGAGCAUGGUUGAGGAGAUGAUGGCGCACACCGGCGAUUACAGAGAAGGCAGGCUU